UUCAGUUUAUUUGGCACAAAGCAAUUGUUUGUUUUUCUUCUUCCUCGUGGAUAACAUUUUUGGAGGAAAAAUCUGUGGGCUUGUACCUUGUUUGGCAUGAAAUUUUUUGAGAAAACAACAUGAUAGGGAAGAAACAGAGCAGAGAGCAGGGGUGCAAGCAAGGUGCAGCCCAAAAGGAGAGUUACCUCAGAGAUUAUGCUUAGGGGCAGGAAGGGGAAUUUAGCAGUGAGAUGCUGUUGAGAGAGCAGGGGACCAGCCUAACUAAUUUGAUUCUGUAAUAUUCCUUUUGCACAAAAAGAUAGGAAUUCUGUUAUUAGAGGAAUAGCAUAAAUAAGCAUGUAAAUAAGCCAGAUUCAGGAAUGCAAUAGUUCUUUCUUCUUCUAUGGAGGCCCUGGUCCUCGAAACCAGAUUUUGUUCUAUCCAACGUCGACGACAAAAACAAAAACACCAACAUUUUUAUUGUUUCACUUGCAAACUAGAUUGCGUUCUUUAAAUUAUUCUUACUUCAAUUUAGUUAUCAGGGGUGCAAGCCCACACCUGAGGAAUGGCCUAACUAAUUUGAUUCUGUAAUAUUCCUUUUGCACAAAAAGAUAGGAAUUCUGUUAGUAGAGGAAUAGCAUAAAUAAGCAUGUAAAUAAGCCAGAAUCAGGAAUGGAAUAGUUCUUUCUUCUUCUCCUUCUUCUAUGGAGGCCCUGGCCCUCAAACCAGAUUUUGUUCUAUCCAACGUCAACGACAAAAACAAAAACACCAACAUUUUUAUCGUUUCACUUGCGAACUAGAUUAUCUUCUUUUUUCUUUCUUUCUUUAAAUUAUUUUUACUUCAAUUUAGUUAUCAGUUUUCGUACGCUCUCUGUUUCCUCGAAAAGCAUGAUUUUUUCAAGGAUUGCACGCUCCGUUUCGAGUUCGUCUCGCGCUAGAAAUUUAUUACACGGUGAUGGGAGAUUGGGAACCCAUGUCCGAUCGCCACGGACGAAUGCGUGUUCUGAAGGAGCCCAAGGGGUAUCAGGGUUUGUUAGGGGCUACGUGUCUUCUGCCAGAGCUCGCAGUAAUGGCUUCGUUUCCAAUUUGCCUGAUUUUAAAUCUGUUGCAGCAAACCCUAGGAUUCGCCGAUUGUUUUGCAGCAAAGCUCCAAAGAAGGAGAAGGAUAGUGGAAAUUUUCAGGAAGCUUUCAUGAAGCAAGUCAAAUAUCUAGUCACCCCAUUAUUGUUGAUGGGGCUAUUUCUUACAUCCUUUAAGUUUGGUCCUCCUAAACAGAAGCAGAUUAGCUUUCGGGAGUUUAAAAAAAAGCUUUUGGAACCAGGAUUAGUAGACCAUAUUGUUGUCUCAAAUAAAUCAGUUGCCAAAGUAUAUGUAAGGAACACUCCCCUCAACCAAACAGAUAAUGAAGUAGCCCAAGGGACCCAACCUGCAAUUGGAUCUGGAGGCCAGUAUAAAUAUUAUUUCAGUAUUGGAAGUGUUGAGUCUUUUGAGGAGAAGCUAGAGGAAGCGCAAGAAGCUCUGGGAAUUUACUCUCAUGAUUUUGUGCCUGUCACAUAUUCUGUUGAACUGGGGUACUUGGAACGGAUUAUGUUGUUGCUUUUGGGAAUUCUCUUGUGUGCGGUAGGGUUUAUAAAAGGUGUAAUUGAUGCUGCUCACGGCAAGGGUGCCCCUGGAAUAUUCAACACAGGAAAAGCACCAGUUACUAAAGUAGACAAAAAUGCCGAAAACAAGAUCUAUUUUAAAGAUGUUGCUGGCUGUGAUGAGGCAAAGCAAGAAAUUAUGGACUUUGUCCACUUCCUCAAGAACCCAAAGAAAUAUGAAGAGCUUGGUGCGAAAAUUCCAAAAGGUGCUCUCUUGGUCGGUCCUCCAGGCACAGGAAAAACCCUUUUAGCAAAAGCUACAGCAGGGGAGUCUGGUGUGCCAUUUCUUUCUGUAUCUGGUUCUGAUUUCGUGGAAAUGGUUGUUGGUGUUGGACCAUCUAGGAUGAGAAACUUGUUUCAGGAAGCAAGGCAGUGUUCACCUAGUAUAGUAUUUAUUGAUGAGAUUGAUGCAAUUGGUCGAGCAAGGCAGGGUGGUUUUUCUGCUGCAAAUGAUGAACGUGAAAGUACUUUAAAUCAAUUGUUGGUCGAGAUGGAUGGUUUUGGAACCACUUCUGGAGUUGUUGUGUUGGCAGGAACAAAUAGGCCUGAAAUCUUAGACAAAGCUCUUCUUAGGCCUGGGCGAUUUGACCGCCAGAUAACAAUUGACAAACCUGAUAUUAAAGGCCGUGACCAGAUAUUUAUGAUCUACUUGAAGAAAAUCAAACUUGAUCAUGAUCCUUCAUAUUAUUCUCAAAGGCUUGCAGCCCUUACACCUGGAUUUGCUGGAGCAGACAUUGCUAAUGUCUGCAAUGAAGCUGCUCUGAUUGCUGCAAGAGGUGAAGGAACACAAGUCACCAUGGAACAUUUUGAGGCGGCCAUUGAUAGGAUCAUUGGUGGUUUGGAAAAGAGGAACAAGGUAAUAAGCAAGCUGCAAAGGCGGACUGUUGCCUACCAUGAAGCAGGCCAUGCUGUUUCAGGUUGGUUCUUGGAACAUGUUGAGCCCUUGUUGAAAGUAACUAUUGUUCCACGUGGCACCGCUGCUCUUGGGUUUGCCCAAUAUGUUCCCAAUGAGAACCUUAUCAUGACAAAGGAGCAGCUUUUUGAUAUCACUUGUAUGGCACUUGGUGGUCGGGCUGCUGAGCAGGUUCUUAUAGGGAGAAUCUCAACAGGAGCACAAAAUGACUUGGAAAAAGUGACCAAGAUGACGUAUGCCCAAGUAGCAGUUUAUGGUUUUAGCGACAAAGUAGGCCUCCUCUCCUUCCCUCCAACUGAGGGCUCAUAUGAGUUUUCCAAACCAUACAGCAGCAAAACUGCUGCAAUCAUCGAUAAGGAAGUGCGUGAAUGGGUGAACAAAGCAUACAAACAUACGAUUCAGCUUAUCGAGGAACACAAGGAGCAAGUUACUGAAAUUGCAGAGUUGCUGCUUGAAAAAGAAGUACUUCACCAGGACGACUUGCUUCGAGUUUUGGGCGAGCGGCCGUUCAAGGCUACUGAACCCACCAAUUAUGAUAGAUUUAAGCAGGGUUUUAUAGAGGAAGAGGAAAAGGGCGCGGAAAGCACCAUAGAUACGCCCGAGGAAGGUGGCGGGUCUUCACCUUUAGAACCCCAGGUUGUUCCCACAUAGACAGUUAGUUAUUUAAUUUGUGUUUGUUAUUGGACGUAGCUUUCUUGUUUUUUCAAUUUGCUGACAGAGGAAUGAACAAAACGCUUAUGGUAACUGCUGAAUAAAAAUUAUUCGUUUCUGAUUUUUCUUAUAUGGAUAUGCCAUAGACCGGCCAAUCCAAAUACUAUUUUCAGUUGUUCGAGCCUAGUUACUGUUACAUUGAUUUUUAAGAUUGUAAGUGUGUAUUAUUUUAA